AAGCUAGAAGUGCCAAGUUGAAUUGAAAAGCAUGGCUUAAGACAAUCAAAUUCAAAUCUGAAAGCCUCAAGACAAUUCUUCCAAAAUGAAGGUGCACCAAGUCGGAAACUCGCUUUUUUAUCCGGGUGAAAACAACAAGUGUAGGCUCGCUUUUUCUUGGCUGGACUUUCUUCACGUAGUAAGUCGGUUUUCGUUAGUUGAUAAUCGAACAGGCGGGAAGAACUGCAGGCGGAUUGUUUUUGCUAAAUAUCAUGUCCGCGGGCGCGGCAGGAGCCUCGCUCUCGGCGGAGAAGAAAGCUUUCUCCUUACAACACGAGGAUGUCGCUGAGCUGCAACCUGCCAUCGCUGAGUAUUUGGAGCAGAUCGGGCCCCUGCGGGGCUUGCACACCACCGUCUUCGACUACCACACUUGGCACCAGCACCACGAGCGGAACGGCUAUGGAAAAUUUGUCCCAGUUUUCGCUACUCCCGCUCCUUCCUCGCCCGGCUUCAGUCCUUCGGGUCCUACAAGUAGUACCAGACCGGUUGAAGUGGGCCGGAAUGAGGGCACGGGAGAGAAAAACAGCAAAGCUGCAGAUGAACUGGAAAGAGACCCAGCGUCGCCGUCGUCCCAUACCCACUGGAAAAUUUAUUUUGUCGUCCACGUAGUACACAGAAAUGGAAUUGUGCCAACAGUGCCGAUGAACAUAAACACGAAGAUCAGUCCGCUCCGACCGUAGUAGUGACAGUAUCGUUGUUCGUUCUUUGUUCUAUUUUGUAUCUCCUGCGUGUGCGGUAAAACUGGGUCUUGGCACAUGCAUAUCUCACGCGAGAAAGCGGCAAAAAGUGGACGAUAGCGGAAGAAGUCCUUUGCCGUCAAGAGGAGGGAGCAGUGAAUUUGCUGGAAACCGCGACGCCAACAAUUAUCCAACUCGUGGGACCACUACAAAAGAAAACUGCAACAAGCUCGUGUUUUUCUUUGACGAUAACAUCGAUUUCGAGCCUGGCCGCUGCGGCGCACCCCAGUCCCGAGGAUGCGCGAAUUUGCGAGACGUUCGAACGGGGGAGUUCGUCAAUUUUUCGCAGUACCAUAUCAAUGUUUUUUUCUUCGCGGAGGUCAAGAAAGAAAUGCUCUGUGUCGCAGGACGAUCUUAGGGACAAUUCUACAAGGCCGCAACUUAUGUCGCGCAGUGGGAGGGUGAACGAGUGGACGGGGGGGAAAGAAAAACGCCAGAGGGGCAAGGGAGAAAAUUUUUGACGCAGGGCGGGGCCAGGCAUCUGCGCCCCUCUUGCUGAAAGAACGAAGGCGGAGCGCCAUGGCGCCCGUGGUUCCCGUCGUUGUGCGAGCGCGAGGACCCCGCCCGCACUGGGCGCGCGUUUGCGUGGCGGCAAGCCUUAGGCCCAAGCAACAACGCAAAGCGCGGCAGCGGGCGGCCGCCAGUGGACGGGGGAAGGAAGCAGGGGAACAGUCCGCGCCAUGCGAGGCGCUGGCGCGUGACGCCCCGCCCGCGCGUUUGUGGUGUGGCCCGUUCGUGCCGCCUGCCUGUGUGCCCCGCCCCUGUGCGCCUUGGUGCCCCCCGCCCUGCUCCCGCGCGCGGCUUUGCAGAACGGGGGCGCGCUGGGGCCCCUGCCGCGCGUGUGGAUGGAAGAUAGACGGGCGCCGGGGCGGGGCAUUCAUUGCCUCCCUCCCAGGCGCAGGGGCCCACCAUUCUCCCCCAGCACCCCCGGACAGCAACGGCGCCUCCCGUGUUAGCCCGCAUGCAAUCUGUUUCGCCCCCGCCUGCUUCCCUCGCGCGCACCCUCCAAGACAGAGACGGCGGACGGUGGCGCCCUCUGCCGGCCUCUUCGUGAACAGAGGGAGGGCGCCGGGGGAGGGUGGUGGGCAGCUGCUCGCGCGCAAGCCUGGCGCUGGGGCGCGACUUUCCCUUCGCGAACGGAGGGAGGGCGCCGGGGGAGGGUGGUGGGCAGCUGCUCGCCUGGUGCUUGGCCGCCGGCGGCGUUCCCCAGACGGCGGCAGACGUUUUCAAUGCAUUUCCAGCUGGGAAUCCAGCUGGAAACAUUUGGAAAAGGCAUCUGAUGCAGCGCAUUUCCACCUGGAAAUGCAGCUGCAGACGCCUUCUCAAUGCAUUUCCCACCUGGCCUGUUCAAAGUGUUUCCAGCUGGAUUUCCAGCUGAAGAGGCCUGUUCCAUUUCUAUCUGGAAAUCCAGCUGGAAACACAUUGAGAAGGCAUCUGCGGAGCGGGCUUUGCUGCAAUUUCAGGCGAAGCAAGACGCCCCAAGGCAUAUCCAGGCGGAAUUUCGGUUGGAGAUGCCCAAGGGCAUUUUCGGGGGAGAUUUCGGGGCUUUUCGGUUUUUUUCGCGAGUUGCUGUGUUUAGCACAGCUAUUCUGGCUACCCGGGGAAGACAUUGAGCUAACGGGAAGGGAUUGGGAUAGUUGGGGGCUACCGGUCUAUUGACAGGAUAUUGGGAACGGAUGAUAGAGGUUUGCUUCUCUUUAGUCUUACGAAUUGGCGCGCUCAGCAUAGAUAUUCUGGCUACCCGGGGAGAGGGUUUUCAGUAGGAUACUGGGAGGGUAUCUUCAGGGUAUGUGGAGGAUAUUGGCAACGGCUGGGGAAAGUUUGCUUUUUUGCCCGAGUUGCUGUGUUUAGCACAGCAAUUCUGGCUACCCAGGGGAAAGAUUUCCCUCCCAGUAGGGUACUGGGAGGGUAUCAGGAUAAUGAGGGGAUAUUGGGGCAUUUGUAGAGUACGGGUUCGCGGUGGGAGAAUUUUGCUGGUUUUCCCCGAAUUGCUGUGCGGCUACCCAGGGGAAAGAUUUCCCAGUAGGGUGCUGGGAGGGUAUCAGGAUAGUGAGGGGAUAUUGGGAAAGCGGGAAGGUACUGGCUCGGCGAGGGAGAAUUUUGCUUGUAUUCCCCGACUUGCUGUGUUUAGCGCAGCAAUUCUGGCUACCCAGGGGAAAGAUUUCCCAGUAGGAUAGGUGGCAAUCCAUGUACAGCUUGCAGGGCUGCGAUCGCCACCUUCGGCUGCCUGAUCGCGUUGCUCUCCUCGGACGCGCGAUCAGCUGAGGUUUUUUUUUCCUUCGGGACUUCAGUAAGGAAGUGCCACGCGAUCACGCAGAUCCGAGUGACCCUCCCUGCAGAAUAUUUUGCGUUGCGAAAUAUUUUCGAGCUAGAAAAUAUUUCGAGCUGGAAAAUAUUUCGAGCUGGAAAAUAUUUCGAGCUGGAAAAUAUUUCGAGCUGGAAAAUAUUUCGAGCUGGAAAAUAUUUCGAGCUGGAAAAUGUUUCGAGCUGGAAAAUAUUUCGGGCUGCAGAAUAUUUCGAGCUGCGAAAUAUUUGAAGCCGCAAAACAUUUGCAGCCGCAAAACAUUUGCAGCCGCGAAAUAUUUGAAGCCGCGAAAUAUCUGAAGCCGCGAAAUAUUUGAAGCCGCAAAAUAAACACUCGAAGCCAAUAAACAUUUGAAGCCGUUGGGCGUUGGGCGUUGGGCGUUGGGCGACUUCCCAAACCGCGACAGCUUUGGAAAGUUUGCAAAUUGUAAAAAAAUACUCGGCGUGGACGAUUUUCGUCCCCGUCGCAAAGUUUUAACUCACACCGCUCAGCAAUAGGAGUUAUAUCUUGUAUGUAAAUUAUAAUCUUCAUGCUCAUCUUUGUGUUUGUGCACCAGCUCCUGCUGCUGCUGGUAUAUCGUACUUGACACCAUUUUGAAGCAUUUUCGGAACAAAAUGAAACGAACAUAAAACUAGAUUCGAGCGCGUGGAUUUCGCGACGAUUUUCAAGGCGACGAAGUACCGCAACUUUCUCGCGGUCGGGGACGCGUCGCGAAACUACGGGUUCACGCAGCGAAUUGAGCACAUCGACCCGGAAAUUUUGUUUUCCGAGGUACGGUUUUCCGUCUCGCGACAGAAGCGGCAAGUGACCGGCACGGUGCUGGUCAAAGUGUCGAUUUUGGACGCGGUUUCCGACCCUUUUUUUUUCAUUCGCAUCAUCGCCUUUUUUAAGGAGGGGCUCUACCACAAAGUACUGUUUUCCUUCACCUCGAACAAAGAAGAGGUGGAAGCGUCGCAGCUAAAGACGAGAAAGCCAGAACACAUUCUUGGUCUGCAAGAUGAAAAAGAAGCUACGACGAACAAGCACAGAAGUCGAGAGAACAAUACGGGGCACGACGACCAGCGCGGUUCUGGUACCACCUCCAGCGGCGACAGCAUGAAGCAAAGUUCCGAUGGCGCUGGAGGGGGAAAGAAGCUAGAACCACUGCACCAAAAUAACGAGCACGUCGGAAGCAAGCCCGGCGGGGCCGUGGAGAAUGAAAGUAGAAGUUCUGGUGGGCGAGCAGUAAAGAGGACUGAGGAAAAGACGCAUGGCAAGCACCAAGAGCAAGACGGUAAGUUUUCGUCUCUGGAGCCGCAGCUGCAGCAGGAGCCGAGUAGCAACAAGCACCUGCACCAGUCGUCGAAGAUGCCCCCGCCGCCGCACCCGCCUCGUUUCGAGCGAACCAGCAGCCGGUCUGUGUCGCGGGAGCACCGUUCGCUGUCGCGGGAGCACCGGUCACUGUCCCGCGACCGCAAACCCUCACUGGAGGACGCGGUCACCUCCCUCGCGGCCCUGGAUGCCGUCGACGGCCCUCUGUCGCCCCGGUUGACUGGCGUGGUGGUGGAUCACACCAGUCCGCUUGCGGACCCGCUCGGACGCGGCGGCGGCCUGAGCUCCCCCCUGUACCCGGUCCCGCAGUACAGCUUGCAGGACGAAGAAGACCACGAUGGGGACGAUUUCGACGCUUUGGAGGUUGAGCAGCAGAUGACCACUGGUAAAGCUAAAGACCAUGGGAACACAAAUGGACAACUUGACUCAUCAGCGGUGGAGCUGUUGAUUUUGAUGGAUAUCAACAAAACCAUGAUGCUUGGAGAUUCCUCGACCGGGAAAUCUUUGGAGCACGUCAUCCGAGAAUGUGUGCUAUGGGAUGAAGCAAAGACGUGUUUUUGGUUCAGGCUCUGGGUCCUUUGAAGAUGACAAGAAGAGGUAAUGCUUGUAGCAUUUUGUGCAUGUUGCGUCAUUCCAGAAGUCAUAUGUUGUCCUGGUGCAGUACCGAUAUUUAGAAGUCUAUAUGUCUACUUCCUGCAACACCAACCCUGUAUCUACCUGUCCUUCAGACGUCUUCCAAGUAGACACAGCAAAAGAAAAUCAAGGCCGAGAGACUUAACAUGGUUGUCGUGUCUUUGCGAUGCAUACCCGCUUGACGCAACGGUUCUGGAGAACGCGUGGGAUCCCAGCAAGCAAGAAAGCUUUUUCAACAUUUCUCGCCCUGGCAAUAGCUCCGCACCGACGGGAGCUACCUUGAUGCCCGGGGAAAGCGCAAGCGGAGCCGCAGUUCUGCCACCUGCACAGCAGCAUGGCAAUCAGCAUGCUUCAUCUAAUAUGCUGGAUCAGCAGCGGUCGGGUUCGGGCAGCACACCGGGAGGCGCCCAGUUUCACCAAGGUGCAGCACAAUCGGCGCACCAUAGCAAGAGGAAGAGGGAGAAGCACCACCACCCGUCGCGAAUGACGGGGCGCCGGUUUCUGCGGCGGCUGUUUGGAAACAAAGACCAGAUCGGCCGCCCCGAGGCGAUUCCGCGGCUGUUCCAGGAGUUGCAAGUGGGACACCAGGCACAACAGGUCGUAUUGAACCAGGGUGGUGCAGCCGGCGGUCUACUCGGAAGUGCCGCACCGGGUGAUACGUCUUCUACCGGGGCGAACACCAAUGUUUCAUUCAAUAUCAACAACAGUCUGCUCUUCCACGCUCCUGGGGCGCAUCUUCCGCACCCCAGCCAGCGGUUUUCCUCCGGCAGGAGCAACCACACGGACAGCCCAGCGUCCGGGAUUUCGACGCCGACAGACACGCACGGCACCGGCAAGAACGCGUCCGGUGUGGUGCCGGGGCUGUUCUUUGGAUCUGAAUUAUGCAUUGCAAAAGCGUAGUCGUGGAAGUAGUCGUGAUUGCAAAUUACAAUUUUUUUCAGGAAAAGAAAAAUCCACAGCACUUGUCGUUCAAGAUCGCAAUUACUACGAAACGAGGACUGCGAUGCUUUUGCACAGCAUGCGAUUCAUUGUCCGAGCAUGUGUCCCGGAUUGAGGAGAGCGUGCGGAAGAGUCCCCGCGUGACGGCGGCCGACUUUGUUGACCCGCCGGACGAUGUGGGAGAUUUGUUCGUGCUCGACAGUAAUGCUGCCGACACCGGGGGACUACCUCCCCCGUCUGGUGCACAAGUGGUAGACCUUCGCACGCCAACAGCCGCAGUCGCAUCGUCCUCGGCGACCGGCGGUGGGCGAGGAGCCGAGCAAAGUGCUCCGCCGGCGGAACUGGUGAGCGGCCGUGACAAAAGUCUCGACGGAAUCACAACGACCACCAGCACCACCUCUACUACAACGACACGCGUCGACCGUUUCGACGACGAAAAAAUCGUUACAGAGGAUAAAUUAUCCUUGUCCUUUGGAGAAGGUGAUUUUUCUCGGAAUAAAACACCGCUACAGGAGCCUCAAUAUCCAGGUGGUGCAGCACAACAUCAAUCAGCACAAGCCGGCACGACCACCAACCUGGUCUUGAAACACCAAAUGUCUACCUCCACGAGUAGGAAGCACAAAAGCGUCAUCACGACCACUCUACUGACUGCGACCACCUCCACAUCUUCAAUCGCCGCUGUGGGGGAUGCGGAAAGUAGUACAACUACGGGCGAGAAUAAAAACGCUGGAAAAAUUACACCUGCGCUCUCCUCAGCCGGCCCCGGCGCCACUAGUACAGCUGCGCUCGUCGAACAGCCUCCACCGCUGGAGCUUUCCUCCUUGAAGGGGCAUCAUCUUCAAGGCCAUCAACUUUCAUCUCUCCCCGCCGCCCAACAGCACUUGCUACCUCCGCCGGUGGAUUCGCACCCGAAAAUCUGGUUCGGCGCCAGUCGUCAGGUGUUCGAGCAGGAGGAGCUGGAGAACAUCGUGCAAAAAUUUGUGACACUAUCGAACAACGAAAUGAUCGUGGAUGCGUGGCGGAACCUGGUGCAUCACGUGCAGGACUACCACCUGCUCAUGUUGUACACCUUCGGCCCGGACGCCCCUGCCGUACUCGACGCUACGCUCGGAGCGGACAUGCCGGACUUCGACUUGGAUGCCGCUGCGGGCGAAGGCGAACAACAUGACGCAAGAACGGGUUUCCAAGAACUAGCCGGGAUCAUGGAGGACGGAGACGAUCAAGAUAAAGACGCGGCUUCCGCGCGGAGCCUUUCUCGGAUGUUCGAGAGUUUUGGCGCCUCUGGAAGCGCUCCUCUUGCACCUGCGGCGUAAGUAGUCAACCGAGCGAUAUUCUUGGUCACUCAGCUCUACAUCUUCGAUUUAGGGUGCGAACCCCAUCCUGGAUGAAAUAAAGUGCGACUUUCACGAUCAGUAAUGUAUGAAGCAGCUACAAGAUCUGACUCUGAGCGUGGCACAAGGCAGGGAACGCGAGCAGCCAUAUCAAUAUCUAUGAACAUGAAGCACAGCAACAAAAUUUUUACUGUUCCUCAACAU